GUUUCUAGUUUCACCCAAAAUUGGCUACCUGUGUAUAUUUGGCAGAUAAACGUCGAAAUCGAUCAGUUUGGAACAGCUAAUUUUUAGAAGCCACUCAUCCCAAAAUUAAUGACAAACACACUAGAACAAUGAACGAAGAAGAUGAAAUAAUCUACGAUGAUUCGGGUAACGAAACCAGUGGAGACGAUGUGGAUUUUGCGAUAGACGCCGAUAAUUCCUGCCGAGAAUUUCCAAGCUACGACGACGAGUAUCAAUACGAGGUGCUUUCGACGGAUGAAAUCGUCCAACACAUGGUCGAUUGCAUUAAGGAUGUGAAUAUCGUCGUUCAAAUUCCCUCGACAACCACGAGAAUCCUGCUGAAUUUCUUCAACUGGGACAAAGAGAAGCUGAUGGAAAAGUUCUUCGAUGGUAACCAGGAGGAAUUGUUCAAGGAAGCGCGGGUGGUGAAUCCGUUCAAAAAAGUCACGGCUGUUAAGCCGAGGCUGUUCAACAAAGUGCUGGGAACGGAAGAGUGCGAGAUCUGCUUCAUUGUUCAUCCCCCCAUUCAUAUGACUGGCUUGGAGUGCGGACAUCGAUUUUGCACCCAAUGUUGGAACGAGUACUUGACUACAAAGAUAAUGGAAGAGGGCGUUGGCCAAACUAUUGCUUGUCCUGCCCAUAAUUGUGCUAUUUUAGUGGACGAUGAAACGGUAAUGGAACUGUUAAAGGACCCGCGAGUCAAGCUCAAAUUCCAACAUUUAAUCACCAACAGUUUUGUGAAAUGCAACAGACUAUUAAGGUGGUGUCCCAGUCCGGACUGCAGCUACGCCAUUAAGGUAACUUAUGUGGAAACAAAGCCAGUAACAUGUGAAUGCGGGCAUCGAUUUUGCUUCAAUUGCGGCGAAAAUUGGCACGAUCCCGUCAAGUGCACGUUGCUGAAGAAAUGGCAAAAAAAGUGCGACGACGAUUCCGAAACGUCCAACUGGUUGGCGGCCAACACGAAAGAAUGCCCCAAAUGUAAUGCCACAAUCGAAAAGGACGGCGGUUGCAACCACAUGGUUUGCAAAAACCAAAAUUGCAAAGCGGACUUUUGCUGGGUGUGCUUGGGCCCAUGGGAACCGCAUGGGAGUUCUUGGUACAAUUGCAACCGAUACGAUGAGGACGAGGCGAAGGCAGCUCGGGACGCUCAAGAACUGUCCAGAGCUGCGCUGCAACGCUACUUGUUCUACUGCAACCGAUACAUGAAUCACAUGCAAUCGCUGAAAUUCGAGCACAAACUUUACGCAGCAGUGAAGGACAAAAUGGAAGAAAUGCAACAGCAUAACAUGAGCUGGAUUGAGGUGCAGUUUUUGAAAAAGGCCGUGGAUAUUCUGUGCCAAUGCCGGCAAACAUUGAUGUACACGUACGUUUUCGCGUAUUACUUGAAGAAAACAAAUCAGUCUGUGAUUUUCGAGGAGAAUCAAAAGGAUCUGGAAAGAGCCACCGAACUUUUGAGCGAAUAUCUGGAGCGCGAUAUCACUCAGGAAAACCUGCUGGAUAUUAAGCAGAAAGUGCAAGACAAGUACAGAUAUUGCGAUGGGCGCCAAAUCGCCCUGCUCAAACAUGUACAUGAGGGGUAUGAAAAGGACUGUUGGCUCUACAGUGAAUAGAAUCUAGUUUGUUGUUGAGUACUAAAUUAUUUGAAAGUC